AUGGGGAUCAUCUUGGCCAAGGCCCUUCAGGACUUCCACGCCCAGGGCUUCGUGCACUGCGACCUCAAGCCCGACAACGUCACGUUCGACUUCUGCGAGAACGACACGGCGCGAGUGGCCUACAUCAUCGACUUGGGCCACACCCGCCGCGUCGGCCGCACCCACCUGCUCAACACCGCCGCCGCCAACAGGCCCUGGUACUGCCGCUGCUUCUUCGACGAGAGGCCCGUGUCUCCCGCAUGCGACGUCCUCGCCCUUGGCUACAUCCUGCAGUUCCUGCUGGACCAGAUGUGGUGCGAGUAUGACGUCCUGGAGACGGUAUUCGCGAUGGCCUCGAAGCCCAGGGACGAGGACCGCCCCUCCGUCAUGCAGGUUCACGACGCGUUGGUCGAGACCCUGGAGGGCCUGGAGCAGCAGGAGUGA